GGUGUGACUGGUAAUCGAAGCAGCUAAAUGUUACCAUAUUUUGAAUCAGAUAGGUGGCGCUGGUCCUAAUGGCACCAUACACAUUAAAAACUUUCAGGAUAAUUUUGAGAAAUUGUACAAAACUCUCAGUGUUUUGUAUGAUGCGAUGUUUGAGAAUAUCAACGAGUUUCGCGACGCUCCCGAAAUAUUACAAAACGUUAUCAAAUUCAAAGAUAUUCCUACUUAUCUAGGAACAAUGGACGUUUAUAAAAUAUUAACUCGCAGGAUGGCAAACAUUGUGAUUUUCUUAAUACAAAUGUUACAAACUGAUUAUAAGCUUAAAAAGACAAUUAAGCCCGAGAUUCUGCUUGUAAUUCAACGCGGUUUGGACAUUUACGUCCACGGCGAUGAAAACGACCCAAAUCGAGUGCUAUUUCAUCAAAACAUUCAACAACACCAAAUUGAUUUGCUGUUUUUAUUGAAAGCACUCAUUCAAAGCCUGCAAAGCAACUUUAUGAGACACUCAACAAUUAAAAUGCUCUUUAGAUACCUCGCUAGAGUCACCGACUGCACUUGUUACAAUGUGAACAGUUUUUACAAGAGUACCAUUUACGACGUCAUCAAAUAUUGGCUGCAAUGUUCCGGCGAGCAAAUCGAUGCCAAAACCCUCCAGAAGCUCAUCGAAAUCAUCAUAAAAGAUAUCACUCCCAGUAAAGCAACACUAGUGCUGCAGAUAAACGUGAAUAGCCGGCGGCCGUCGAGGCACGAAUAA